CACUAACAGCGACACAAACACACACCGACACCGCAGGAGAGGAAGUAUCUGUAGUGCGCACUUUAAAAAGAACAAUGCCGAACAGUGUGUUUUUAUUCGCGACCUGAUUACGUUAUAGUUCAAUAAUAGUUUAUUGACAUGAUAUCGAUUUUUUGCCUAGUAAUCCAACAGUGACCAAUUUAAUGGCAAAGAGUGACGCGAGACGCGGCUAAACUGGAGCUGCGACUCCAAGAUGAUGCGACGUCAGUGUGUUUACACUCCCAUCUGCGGCUAAUAAGUGUGUCCAGCUGAAUAAGAGGUUGUUUUGGUGACAUUGGUCGAUUUAUUAUUGGUUAAAUCUGGUUCGUUGGAUGUAAAUCGGGUGAAACCGACGCGCUGUGUUGCUAGCUGGCCCAGCUUUUUACAUGACUCUCUUGACUCCAGUUGCUGGUGUAUUUUGAGGUCAGUUCCUGCAGGCGAUCCUUUCUCCUGGAAAAAUGGCAACAGGCUCUAGUUUUGCCUCUGGUGGGAGUGGAUCUAGAAAUGUAUCAUCUUUCGCAGCCUCCUCCACUGGAGUGCCAGGACAGGCUCAGCCGAUGGUGGUGGUUUGGGAAUGGCUGGAUGAUCUGGGCUACUGGAGGCCCUACACUGGACAGGUGUGCGGCUACAUCGAGCAGUGUCUCCAGCAUCAGAGAGGAACAUCUACAGCCAGCAGCAUCUCGCUGGGACAGGUAGACCCCAGUCUGGCUGCAUACAUCAUUGACAUCCCCAACCUCAAACAGUUCAGACAAGACACAGGAAAGAUGCGCUCAGUGCGUCGAAGCCUGUUCCCUCAGUCAUCCGCCCUGGGUAGUGGUGUUCUUUGGGAAUGGGCGAAUGAUGAAGGAAGUUGGACAGCGUACGAGAUACGAACCUCCAUUUUGCUGGAGCACAGCUAUCAAGCAGGGCAGGCCACAGCUGACCUCAGCUCACAUGGUUACAACUACAUUGUGGACCUCACAGCUCUUGAGCAGAUCAAUAAGUCCUCCAGUUACAGACGGCAUGUAAGGCGGCAGGGCAGUACACCGUAUCCCCUCGCCUCUGGGUCGGUUAUUCAUUCGGGCCCAGCCUGUACCUGUCAGCAGUGCAUGAGCAGCAGUAGCACUGCCGGUCCCAUGCCGAGUCGAUCGCGGCAUUCCUUCUCUGCGGGGCAGACCAACCGACCCAACCUCCAGACCCAACAUGGAAGACUUCCAGGAGCUAGCCCCUCUUCAGUCUACUCACCCUACCCCAGAAGACCUCUUUCAGUGGGAAACCUGCUAUGGAACGGCCCCUGGGGGACCUCCACCUCCAUGGUUCAUCCCCCAGGACCACCACAAGCUUUUGGCCACCAUGCCAACGGUUCAAGUGUUCCAACUGUCCCCUUACAAAUGAACGGAUCCAGUAAUGUGAGUGCGGCACUGGCAGGCAUGGCUUCCAUUUUGAUGUCAGCUGCAGGACUGGGAGUUCGCUUCAUGACAGCCCCGUUCUCCCAGCUUGGCUCCAGCAGGCCCACCAAAGCCCAUCCCAGCUACGUUAAGAGGGCAAAGAGACAGUCCAGGACAGCCCCUCAGAAGCCAGAAGAAGUCAUUAAGAAAUACAUGGAGCAAGUGCCUGUUGUCCCAGAUGAGGACUGUAUUAUCUGUAUGGAGCGGUUAGCCUGCCCGUCUGGUUAUGAGGUCCCUGCUGAGUGCUCUCAGUCUCUUCAGCCCAACACUGUGAGCAAACUCAUGAAGUGUGGACACACCUUCCACAUGCUCUGCAUGCUGGCCAUGUACAACAAUGGAACAAAGGAUGGGAGCUUACAGUGCCCCUCAUGUAAGACAAUCUACGGAGAGAAGACAGGCACCCAACCAAAGGGCAAGAUGGAGAUCUACAGCAUUCAUCAGUCUUUGCCUGGACACCCAGACUGCGGCACUAUACAAAUCAUUUACAAUAUCCCACCCGGAAUACAGGGUCCGGAGCAUCCAAACCCAGGACAGCCGUAUACAUGCAGAGGUUUCCCUCGAUUCUGCUUCCUUCCUGAUAAUGACAAAGGCAGAAAGGUACUCGAGUUGCUGAAAGUGGCGUGGACACGGCGCCUCAUCUUCACUGUGGGCACCUCAAGCACCACAGGGGAACCUGACACCGUUAUAUGGAACGAGAUCCACCACAAGACAGAGAUGAUGUCCAAUGUGUCCGGCCAUGGCUACCCAGACCCCAACUACCUGGACAAUGUGCUCUCAGAACUGGCCUCACAGGGUGUUACAGAGGACUGCCUAAAACGAGAUGCACAAAGCCAAGUGGCCCAAGGUUCAGCAAUGUGAACAAUCAACUUGAUCUACUUGUUUGUAGAUCUAAUUAAUCUUGAUAUGAAAAGGGAAUACUAGAGUUGCUAGUAAUGCUGUGCAGCAUAAGGUUGGAUGCAUGUGAAUGCGUCUGUGUUAAUAGGUGAUGAUGUGUCUUAGGGUUAAAGUGAUAGUUCACCCAAAAAUGAAAAUGAUUUACUCCCCCUCAUGUUGUUCUAAACCCAUAUGACUCAUUCUUUCAUGGAACACAAAAAGGAGAUAUUUUUAAGAAUGUACUGGUCAUUGUUUCCAUGCAACUGUAAUGAAUGGGGACUGGGCGAUCAAGCUUUAAAAAGGGAUACAUAGACAUCAACAAUCAGACAUUGUUAAUUCUCUCAUGAACUGAAGGCAUAAGAGCUAGGGCAGAUGUCAAGAUUUUCAGUGAAUGACUUAAAUUUUGAUCUGUUUGUAACACAAAGCUAUCGUAUGGCUUCAGAAGACUUUGAAUAGUGCACAAGUCAAAUUAACUACAUUUGUGGUACUCUUGUGGUGUUUUUUACAUCCUUUUUUAACCUUGAAAGCACCAGUUGUGAUUAAUUGUAUUUGCAUGGAAAAGGGCAACCAGUGCAUUCUUCAAAAUAUCUCCAUUUGUGUUCCAUGGAAUAAAAAAACAAAAAAACAAGUAUGGAUUUGGAAUGACAUAAGGGUGAGUAAAUGAUGACAGAAUUUCUAUUUUUGGUUGAACUAUUCCUUGAAUGGCAUUUCCCUCAUCCAUUCCCCACUAUAUGACUAGAAUAUCAAUGCACACAUGGGGACACAGACAUGGUCGUCAUCUUAAUCUUCACCAUAUCUUAAGGCAGCUAAAGUUGGGUCAAGGUUGGGUUGGGUUUUAACAGAAGCAGUUGAUCUCAUACAAGUGUCUAUGUUCACAUACGUCUGCAGAAGUGCAAGGCUCAUUUUUAAAUCAUAUUUUAGUUGCUGACUUAUGAGGGUGCCUGAAUCUUACACCAAGAUGAGACCCUCUGUUGCCAAUUUACGACUGUGAUGCCUUUUCUGACUUAAAUGACAGCAGAUCACCUAAAAAGAUAUAAUUAUACUUUUGGAAUGAAUCUGGAGCAGACAAGAUUUCUUUAAAAACAGUUACAUAAAACGGUCUGUACUUGGUAAAUCUUGCACAUCAAUGCAAAUCCUAAAUCUUAACUAGUAUUGUAAAAUGGUAUGCUUCAUUAGUGAAAGGCACUUUUAAAGAAUCUGCAGCUAUGAUUUUAGUUCGUAUGGGUUUUAAAGGCAUUUUGGUUUGGUUUCCAGGUCAGAUUUGGUGAUUUUCACUUGCUGCUAUUUUAUUUUUAAAUGAUCAUUCAUGAUCACAGGGGACUUAACUUUCUGUUUUGAUUCUGUUACAUCCACACCAUUUUAUUUCUUUUUAAUAUACAUUGUGAAUGAAUUAUAUACAUGUUAAAAAAUUGAAUGGCUCUGUAAAACUACUAAUUAAAAAAAAAAAAGAAUUCCAAUGCUUAUUUAUAGUUUUAGCUCCUGAAAAUAGGAUUCAAAAUGAUAUUCCUUAUCCCUAGGAUUCAGACAUGAUUUCUGAUUUGCAGUAUUAGACAGUGCCACAGUGACAAUCAGCAGUGUUGGAUUAAGCUACAUUACCACUGCGAGUCUGUAGAAAUUCAUUCAAUUGUUAAUUUGUCCAUCAUCGCUCAUUCGACAACAUGGGAUAUUCAUAUGAGUUUACUAUGUAUGCAACUGUACAUAUAAAUAUAUAUUCAACUUCUAAUCAGCAAUAAAAUAACUCGACAUGACAUUUGUCUGUUUUGGUCAUGUGCAAUCAAUACACACUUCACUUGUUAAUCAUAGGAUUGCUCAGCUAUGCUGUACUCUUGCAAACAGUAUCAUGCAUUUACAUUAAAAAAAUUUUGCACAACCGAAAGACAUCAAUAAAUGUCUCGUUCCUAAAGAAUUUAGAAUUGCAUCAGAAACCCCUGCUCCAGAGGCAUGAAAUGAUUACAGCUGUAUAUCUUAAAUAUAUGACACGAGUUCAGAUGUACAAUUGCACUCUACAGACACACCACUGUUUAAAGUUGUACAAACAUGUUGUAAUCAGAAAAUUGGCAUCAGAAAGUAUAUGGACACUUAAACUGUAUGAAUUCCAUUGCAUUUGAUUAAAAAAUUAUCAAACCAAGUGUCCUCAAACAAAUCAUGCUUGACUUAUUUUGACUUCAAAUGUAUGCAUUUACUUUAUACCAACUGGUCCCAAG